AUGUCGCUCAAACAAGAAAUCGAAACAUGGGUGCAGGCCCUUGAUGCCUACGAUAAUCAAGAAUUUGAGGAGUCCCUACGGUGCUUCGAUCAGAUUGCCGACACAUCGAAGAUCUUGUUCAACUGUGGAGUGAUAUAUGCAACGUUAGGCGAGCAUCAUAAAGCAGUAGAAUGCUAUCAACGUGCUGUCGGCCUAGACCGGUAUCUCGCAAUCGCUUACUUCCAGCAAGGUGUAUCCAAUUUCUUGCUUGGGGACUUUGAAGAAGCGUUGGCCAACUUUAAUGACACUUUGCUGUAUCUGCGAGGGAAUACUUCCAUCGACUAUGAACAGUUAGGCCUGCUAUUCCGCCUCUUUUCAUGCGAAGUCCUGUUCAACCGGGGUCUCUGCUAUAUCUACCUGCGGCAAAUGAACCCAGGUAUACAGGACCUUGAGUAUGCAGCCAAGGAAAAGGUUACCCCGGACCACGAUGUGAUCGACGAUGCCAUUCGCGAGAAUGCCGAUGGCUAUACUGUCUUCUCGAUUCCAGUGGGAGUCCUCUAUCGUCCCAACGCAGCCAAAGUCAAGAAUCUCAAGACAAAAGACUACCUAGGCAAGGCUCGACUAGUUGCCGCAUCGGACCGCAAUCAAUCAUCAGACCAUCAAUGGAGGCCAAUGCCCAUUGACAAAGAAGCCCUCCAAGGCCGCGAAGGAGUCUCCUUCGCCUCAUCCAACCUAGUGCGCCAAAACCUCAGCAGCCGCACCCGCCAACAAUCCGAACCACCCAUGAACCGCAACGUAUUCCCCCCAACACCACCACCAGACGACCGCUCCGUCAGCACAGCAUCCGGCUCAGGAAGCCAAUCAGCAUCCGGACACCACCGAUCAUCAUCUCUCCGAACUGUCCGUCCACCACGUCCAGACCUGGACCGCGCAGGCGCCAGCCUAGACCGGCGACCCUAUGCACCAGAACCAGCAUCAACCGAGAAACCACGGAUAGGCACAACCCGCACAGCCUCAGAGCCGCGCGGCCCAUCACGACAAAAUAACAUGCGGGGAUACACACCCGAAAGCACCCGAAACAGCCUGCGCGAGCAAACCGGCCAUCGCAGAAACCUCAGCGACACAAACCCAACCACCUACCCAACGGAACCCGACUAUGGCCACGCAGACCCGUACGAUCCCUACUCAAGCCAGCGCAGUCUAGCCAGCACAGGCUGGGGCCGCGGAUCCCGCCACCAACCACCCCAAUACAUCGACGAAGAGGAAGAAUAUGGCAGCGAUGCAUGCGAUGCAACAACACUCCACGGCGGCGCUUUCGAGCUCGUUGCUGCGCCGCCCGCUGGUCCGAGCCAGUCACCGCAACAACGCCGGACUCGCUCUCCGACGCGAUACUCCCGCCAUGCGAAUCCGCGGAGACCUGAGAUUCAGAAAUUCAGGACGAAAGUACAUGCCCCUGAUGAUACUAGGUAUAUCAUGAUUGGGCCGAGGAUUGAGUUUGCGGAAUUCGAGAAUCGCAUUCGGGAAAAGUUCGGCUUCAAAUGUCCUUUGAAGAUGAAGGUGCAGGAUGAUGGGGAUAUGAUUACCAUGGUUGAUCAGGAGGAUCUGGAUUUACUGGUUAGUUCGGCGAAAGAGGUUGCUCGACGGGAAGGGAGUGAGAUGGGGAAGAUCGAGAUAUGGGUGGAAGAGCGCUCGAUGAUUUGA